AUGACCCUAGUUCACGUGACACGGGUGGGGUUUGUUUUUAUGCGGGUUUUUGUUUUCUGGCUUGUUGUUUUGAUUUUCCGGUGUGCGUUCUUGGGAAUAUGUUCGAAUAUAUUGACUACUACCCACAACUGCAAAAUGAGUACUAGAUAUAAGUUGACACCUUAUAAUAUAUCAUUACUAAUAUACCCGACAGUAUACAUUGGAUCAAUUCCCCUUACCUUGUUGCUCAAGCAGUAUAACAAGUAUAUUGGUCAGGUUUUCUUGGUCAGAUUUUUGGAACAGUACCUUGUCAGUAAUAAUGGUUACUUGUGGUUUACUACGUUAUACUGGUUGCUAGUUGCGUUUAGCGCAUAUUUACCAGACACAAACAAGGACAUUCUUAUUUUCUAUACCAAAAUAUAUUUGAUCAACACUAUUUGGAUUGUGAUUUUGCUAGAAUGGUUUUUUGGAUCCCCGAUUUUUGAGCGAAUAAGUGUUAUUGCUGGUGCAACUUGCUCCAUUCGUGGUAUAUACAGAGAGUAUGCGUGUGAAAGAAGUGGUGGGGUGUGGACUGACCCAUUUGAUAGUUCCAGUCAUUAUACCUAUUUAAUUUCCAGCAGCUUAUUGAUAUGGCUGUUGCUUUUGAAUCAUGUAACAUGGAUAUCAGGAUACUUUCCGAACCAUGUGAUUGACCUAGAAAACAGUAAUCGUUAUACUGUACCCUAUAGUAACACAACUGGUGAUACAAAAAUGGACCUGAAUCGAACUCUUCGAACAAUAAUCGAGGUAAUAGCUGUUUUGAUUUUGGUCAUGUGGUUCAUUCUGUUUACGAUUACUUCAGUUUUUUUCCAUACAAUACCGGAAAAAUUUGUGGGCUUAUUGUGCGGUCUAUUUGUGCCUAUUGUAUUAAAGUAUAUUAAAUAA